AUGGCAAGACGGCAGAACCAAAAGCGACAGCGCGCUGACGAGCCCUCGCGAGCCGACGCUGACCCUCCCACGAAGAAGGCAAAGACAAGAAGCAAAAUCACACGUAAAGCYCGGGAGUCCUGGAAUUAUCCCCCUGAGUUUUAUGACGGAUUGUCCAAGAUAAGCCUUACACAUCUAGCCUUGGAAGAGCUGGACAGAAGGAAUCGCUCCUGCCGCUCUCGGUCCUCAUCGCCGACCCGCCCCGGCGCCAGAACUUUCUCUGGUAGCAUAUGCCCUCGAGACCUAGCCCAGUUUGCGGAAGACGGUGGUCCAGAUUUGCGUGAUCUUCGAGGAGUAAGCUGA